AUGAUUCACAUGGCAACGUUCUUCAUAUCGGACCUGCAGACUGAGUCCUACGGUUCUCAGCGUAUAUACAUCAGUAAACUACUUAUCGAGGGCCCGCUAGUGUCUCGUGGAUACCUGAAUGACCCUAUCAAGACGAAUACAGUGUUUGUCAAGAACCUUGUCUGGGCCAAUGAUAAAGAGCUCCCCGCCAGGGCGAGACGCUUUUACAAUACCGGCGAUCUCAUCCACUACCACGCCAACGGCACUCUCCAAUAUCUCGGCCAUAAAGAUUCGGUCAAAGUUCACGGGCACCGCAUUGAGCUGGGCGAAAUCGAAACGCAGAUCAAAUCACUGAUCCCCAACAUCAAGUAG